AUGGCAGAGAGGAGCAGGUCUCCACGACGUGAGAAGUAUCUAUGGGUCAAAGUGAAAGGCGGUGUGAGACCCAUCAAGAUCAAUAUCACAGAGUUGCACGAUGUGGAUGCUUUGCUGGAGGCGGUCAAGAACAAGGUGAAGCCCGACUUGAAUGCAAUCAGUCUUCAGAAUCUCCAGCUUUUUGAGAGUGAAAAUGCAAAAGAUGGUGGCUCCGAAGCACUUCAGCCAGACCUUCGAGUUGCUGAAAUCACAGGAGGUGAAGAAAUCCAAAAGCCUUUGUAUGUCUUCUUCCCUGAUGCCGACGUUGCUACAGCUUCACAGGCAAGCGAGUGGUACAACGUCACUGGUGUCCUUUCGGGGUGGGGCAGACAGUUUGGUGCUCGCAGAGGGCUGUUUCACAAUGCUGCGCAAGCUGAAGCACGGGGUGUCCAAGACAAAUGUAUUGUCCAUAUGGGCGGCGGUAACAUCCAGCUCAACUUAUGGUUCCAGUCAGAAGGGCAGCUCCAAAAAUUUGAUGCUGCUCUGGCUGUCAGUGCAGAGAUGUUUGGCAACCAUACCAUGAAAGUAGAGAGGAAGAAGGCAUCACCCCCAACACCACACCCUGCAUCCGUCUUUGCCUCGGACUACAACAGUAAUCCAGAUAGCCCAGAGCAGCACGCCAAGUCAGAUUCAGGUGCAGGGGCAACUGCAGCAUCUGGUAUGCGCAAGAGGUUGGAGAACCAGAGGGUAGCCGUAACUAGCGAGAUGACGUACAAGAACAUGCACAUCAUUCCAGUGGCUCUUUUGCAAGACAACCGCAAUCUCACUUGUAGGUGGCUUUUUCUGGCCGGCAGUGGAGAAUUCCACGACUGGUUUGAUGGUCCCGAGAAAGCGCCACACAUCAGAGUGACAAUCGACAAGGAAACCCUUUCCACCUAUGUGGGCGAGAAAGAGUUCACGUUAAAGGUGGACACUUCAAGGGUUGGUUCCAAGGCAACGAUCACCAAACCGGACUCGGCGAUGGAGUUACCAGAUGGAACAGGCUAUAUGACAGCAGUACGCAUUCCGUCAGUUCAAGCUGACAACUUUAGAUUGGCGCUUAGCUGGCGCGCCAACUGUGUUGAUGAGGCCUGGAAGAGAGUUGCAGCAGACCUGCCAGUGAACACCAAUGAUGUAGGAGGACACGGAUGGUGGCGUUGUGUGGAUCUCGGUGAUGACCUCCUCUCGGCCAUCGAGGCUGCAAAAGUAUCUCUGGGAGGAGGUUCAGACGAGGCAUGA